CUAGUUGCCAGUUACAAAAUGAAUGAAAUGAUAUUUCGUGGAGACGAUCUGCCUAUCCUCACGUACGGAGAAUGAACACGUAGAGGGGUGUGUACGUGUGGGUUCGUUUGUCUGUGAAAAUUACCCCGGUGAUCGUUUCGACACCUGCAAAAAAAUCGUAAAUAAUGGCAAGAUUGGAAACCCUUGCGAUACCGGAGUUGAAUCCAACAAUUAUUAAACAAUUGAUUACGAGGAGAAUAUUCACUGUGAACGACUUCAUCGCUGAAUCAACUGAGCACAUGAUGCAGAUUACAGGGCUAGCCUAUAAGGACAUUUUGGCAAUUCGAAAGGAGAUUGUUAAUAAACACGGAGGAACUGUCAAAAACGCCCUAGACCUAUUAGAUAAACAAAGGGAAAAUGUUUCUACUGGAAUUCCAAGUUUGGAUAUUUUAUUGAAUGGUGGUCUCCAUCCCGGUCAAAUCUACGAAUUCUGUGGGGCAUCUUCGUCCGGAAAAACCUCCAUCUGCCUGGCUAUUUCCACGAAUGUAACUUUGAACUCACAUUUUAUUGUUCAUUACAUAGAUACUAAAGGAGAUUUCUCGUCAUCGAGAAUACAAAUGAUGUUGGAGGAGAGCAAAGUCAGUGCUGAGGAAAUAGCCAGAGUGAUGGGACAAAUUAGAUUGACGCAAAUCCAAACUCUCCCGGAACUAUUCGCAACCCUUCACAGUCUAGCUUCAACGAAGGACGAUCAACUGAGGGUGAUAAUAAUAGACUCCCUACAUUCACUCUUCCACGUAACCAAAGACAAUUACGAGUCCCUGUAUUCCCUGAGCCAUCUCUGGAACAUUUUGAAGUAUCUAGCUAACGAGUGUAACCUUUCGGUGAUCACUGUGAAUGCUGUGACGUUGUGGAAAGGAGAUGACGGUCUCCCAACAGAGCAGUCGGAUACUCCAGUCGUCAAACCCAUUUUGGGGAGAUUUUGGAGAGGAGCUCCAAACACAAGAAUUUAUGUGCAACAAAUGGGUAAUGAACAGAGACGGUUGACUAUCUGGAAGAGCCACGAGCUUGCAAUUGGCAAAAAUGUGGAUAUCCAAAUUUUAAAUUCUGGAAUCCUAUGAACGAUAUUAAUUUAGAAAGUAAUUCUUUGUACAAUUUUUGUUUUAAGUUAAGGGAAAUAAAAAAAAAUUCAAUUCAUGUAAU